AUGGUCUUCGGCACGCUGGCAUGCUCCGCCACACCAAGGGGCGCCGCCCUAUCCAACAUCCCAAGAGCCGCUCGCAAUGCACAUGCGCAGGGGGCAAGGUGGGCCACCGCACCAGCGCGGCGCACCUUCUCGACGUCCUCUGACGGACGCAGGGCGGGUGGCGUCAACGGCAAGGUGCUCGGCGCCUUCCUGGGUGGUAUUGCCGCCGCUGCGCUCAUGUCGGACCUGAUCAAGGGCACCGUGCACGCCGAGGCUCGCCACCCUCCCGUCGAGGUCACGCCCAAGGCGGCCGGCGACCCAUCCCGGAAGAUGAUUUCGAUGGACGAGGUCGAGAAGCACAACGCUCUCCCCGAAAAGGGCGGGCAGGGCCUCUGGGUCGUCAUCAAGGGAGAGGUCUAUGACGUGACCAACUUUGUCGACAACCACCCUGGUGGACGGAACAUCAUUCUGAAGAACGCAGGCAAGGACGUGACUGAUCUCUACGAGCCCGUGCACCCGCCGAAUGCGCUCGAGGAGAACCUCGAUCCUUCGGCGCACCUCGGCAUCGUCGACCCGGCCACGGUCAGGGUGAAGCAGCCCGGCGAGGAGUCAGAAAAGGACCGCAAGCGGAGAGAGGCGAGGGAGAACCUGCCCCCGAUCGGGACGCUGCUCAACCUCGACGACUUUGAGAAAGUGGCAAGGUCGAUUCUGAGCGACCAGGCGUGGGCGUACUACUCUUCUGCUGGCGACGACGAGAUCACCAUGGCACAGAACCGGGCGGCCUUCAAUCGCGUCUGGUUCCGUCCGAGGAUCCUGCGCAAGAUCGGCAGUGUCGACUCGUCGGCCACGCUGAUCAAGACGAGCGACAGCGCUGGCUUCUCGUCGUCUCUUCCCGUCUACAUCUCGCCGGCGGCCAUGGCCAAGCUGGGCCACCCGGACGGCGAGCUGAACCUGACGCGGGGCGCGGGCAAGGCGGGCAUCAUCCAGGGCAUCUCUGCCAACGCCUCGGUCGGCCUCGACGAGAUGCUCGACGCGCGCCGCGAGGGGCAGCCGACCAUCUACCAGCUCUACGUCAACAAGGACCGCUCGGCCUCGGAGCGCAUCCUGAAAAAGGUCGAGUCCAAGGGCUGCAAUGCCGUCUUCCUCACCGUCGACGCGCCGGUCAUGGGCAAGCGCGAGCGCGACAUGCGGACAAAGGAGGAGGAGGUCGAGAUGGGCAUGGACCACGGCAAGGACGUCAAGGCUGCAGGUGGCGGCGUGGCCCAGGCCAUCUCUGGCUACAUUGAGCCCGAUCUGUCGUGGGAAGACAUCGCUUGGUACCGCAAGGUGUGCAAGCUGCCGCUCUACCUCAAGGGCAUCCAGACGGUCGAGGAUGUCGAGCUGGCGGUCAAGCACGGCGUCGAUGGCGUCGUGCUGUCCAACCACGGCGGCCGUUCGCUCGACUUUUCGCCGCCGGCCAUCGACGUCCUGAUUGAGCUGCGGCAGCGUCGGCCGGACCUGUUUGACAAGAUCGAGGUGUUCAUGGACGGCGGCGUCCGACGGGGCACCGACGUGCUCAAGGCAGUGGCGCUCGGCGCCAAGGCUGUCGGCCUGGGUCGGCCCUUCCUGUAUGCGCAAAGCGGCUUUGGCGAGGCGGGCGUGACGCGCGCCAUCCAGAUCCUCGAGGAUGAGAUCCACCGCGGCAUGCGCCUGCUGGGCGUCACGUCGCUCGACCAGCUGACGCCCGAGAUGGUCGACAUCCUGCCGCGCACCUACAUCCCCGUGCAGCCCAAGUCCAACGAGCGCGAGGAGCAGUGA